AUGCUCUUUGUCAGAUGGCAGUGCUCGAGGAUUCUUGAAACGACGGGCAAUGUUCAUGGUAGAGGACAGUCUCAUUGUGAGACCAGUAUCUCCAAUCCUCGGUGUGUCUGUUCUGAACCGAGUGUUCCUCUCAAUGAUAUUGAGGUGCAAGUGGUGAAUGUGGGGCAAGCAAGAGGCGUUUCGUCUUUCGGUUGCUUCUUUUGUUACCGACUCUGCUCUAACCAGUGUUUUCCUGAGGUAGCCAAAGCAAGAACAAUGAGGAUCAGGAUACAUGGCUUGGUUUACCUAAAUUUCUACCGGCUGAUAUGA